UCCAACAGGAACGGCACCAAUCUUGCCACUCUAGCAGCGACGAGACGGGGCGUAUGUGUAUGCGCACCGAAAAGUCCCACAUAUUUCCCGACAGCCCAGCGCAGAACGCGCAAGCGAUCGGGCAUUAUCGAUUUUGCGAUCGCGAAGGGGGUUGACGGUGAUGUACCGUCGUCACUACCCGAACUGGACUCCGAUCACAAUCCGGUAAUAUGUGUGGUGGCAUCUCUUGUCGCAGUACGCCAUCAAAGAAUGCGAACAACGCGCGACACGGACUGGGUCGGUUAUCAAGCUCAAAGACCGCUCGAGCAAAUCGCUCACUUGACACUCGCUUGUCACUCG